UUUAGGCUGUAACGAGAGGUGAAAGAAGGAGAGGAAGGUAUGAACUAUGAAGUGAUGAAAUUUAUAGUUUUGUUUUGCUUAUUAUAUUAAUAGCUGCAACGGCUUCAAAUGCUUAGGGCUUAUUUCUGUGUGGGUUUUGCAUGACAAAUUUGGAGUGUUUGGUUUUCUUGUCACCGAUACGAAUAAUUGUAAAAAAGUAAACACUUUUGAAUUAAUUUUCUUUUGUAUAAUUUUUAUAAUGAUGAUAAAUAUAGGUAGGUAUUCUCUUGAAUUUAAUUAAAUGUGUAAAUUCUGUCUCAUAUUCAAUUGGUUUGUUAAGUGUUUAUGGUCAAUUCUGGAAUCAUUUGGAGAAGAAAGGGUUCGAGAAGUAUAUUAGAAUAAAAAUAUUAAAGUUACAUGGAAUUACGAGAAAAUAAAUUCUGAUAGACAAGAAGUAACACUACCAAUAUUUCUUAUGAAAUUUUUCAGCAAAUAUAUAUACACGUUUCUUAUGAAAAUAAAACAACAUAAUUGGGGAACUAAAAUUUUAUUCAAUCCUAAAUACAAAUGGGAAUCUAAAAAUUUGAAGUAAUUUUAUUUGCUCUCCCUGUACUAAAUUUAAGUUAGCAACGUUUUAUUUAUUGAUUUCUAAGUAUUUUCUGAUCUAUAUUUGCUCCAUUCUUUUUUUUUUUUUUUCACCAGAGGGGUAAUAAUAGCAAUCCAAUGGACAAAGAUGUCAAAGAGUGGUUAAGCGACAUGUACUCGCAAGUGGUGUCGAACUCCAUUGAGAUUAUUGAUACCAUGUAUAAGGAUGUGGUUUGUCCUGCUCAAAGCCAACUGCAGUCAAUUGGUGACAAUGUGAAACAAGUUUAUUCAAAACUCAUGGAAGAGAGUGAUGAUAAUAAUGAUGAGGUCAAUCCAUCUCCACCACACGAGGCUGCAUCUUCUCAAAGCCAAUUGCACUUAACUGGUACUUGUGCUCAACAAGAUUGUUCUGAGGACCAUAAAGAUGAGGCACAGCCCUCUCCACAGGGUAAGGUAACUGAAAACCACAGGGAAAUAAGCCCACAACUGCCUCCGUCUCUGCCGCCACCCACCCCAGCACUAGCAUUAGAAACCAAAACUCCCAAUGAUGAUUCUGAAAUUUCAACCCCAUCUUUUGAUUGGAAUUCGAUCAAUAAAUCUGAAAAGAAUACAAAAGAUCGCUCUGAUUCCUCUGCUUAUCUUCAAGCAAGGAAUAUUUUGUUUAAAGAGUUCGAGGAUAUGGAUCGUGCUGAAUCAAGAUUAGAAACUCAUCAAUCAAUUGUUGAUAACGUGGAACUUCAUGAAAGCUGGGUUGUUGUAAACGAUUGUGAGCUAAGUAGCCCAAUCUCUGUUGAAUCACCAAAAACUUUGUCAUACAAGAGAAAGAUCCAAUAUCCAACCACAAAAAAGACGGUUCUAGAGAAAGUGAAAGUGAAUAGGAAGGCUGAUGUAGUUGUACCUUCUGACUACAAAAGUGAAAUUAAGUUGGCCCUUGAAAAUUUUGAAGGGCCUGAUUCUGAUCAAGAGUUACAUCACAACCCUAAUUGGGAAAUCAUUUAAGGUAGAAUAAUUGGAAUGAAGAAUUUCAUAAAAUACCAAUUUUUUGAUUUUUCGUGUUUCUAUUUUUAUUAGAAAUUAAUAUGCAUUGGAAUACCUUCCGAUUUUGAUUUUUUUCCAUUUGAAUUGAGAAGUUAUAUGUGCUCUUACUUUAGGGGUCGAAAAUUUUUUGUCCACACUAAAAAAAAAAAUUGUCGUUCAUUAACAAUAUUCUACUCACAACAAAUAUUAAAAAGAA